AUGUCGCGCACAUCUCCUCCUGAUUCAAAGGCAACAAUUGCUUCGAUAUUUGCGGGUCCGGAAAACGUGACUCGUUAUGGUGACGUUUCAGAGUUUGGUUAUCGUAUUGUCGCAUUGGCUCCUUGGGUGUCGCCCGAAUGUACUCAAUCCUUUUUGGCUGCUGCGAGAGAGCUUGAAACGGCGGCUGUCAUAUUCUUUGAACCAAAGAGUAAUGAUACAGGACUACCGCCGUCACCUAAUGCAGAUCGUUGGGACCUAAAUGAUCAAGGCAGAUGGAGGUUGGAUAAUGGUUAUCCUGUGUAUGCGGUUCCAGGCCCCGCCGGCGUAACGUUGAUAAAUGAACUCUCCUGGUUCCCAUCUCCUUCCUCCUUCCCCGACUCACCAUCCCAUCAAAAUUCCACAUCCCCAUUAUCAACAGACGUGUCCUCGAGUCUGAAUUCAAGACUAUUCAUCAUGGCUGACACCGGAAGCAGCUUUCCUGACCAGGGUCUCUCUUUCAACAAGACGCUGGGCAUCAUGAUCAGCCUGUUCUUCCUCCUCGCAAUCUUCGUUACCCUCCUUGUCAUCUGGUUCGCGAAAGGGCGUCCGCGUUCCCUGAACGCUUUUUGGCGUCAGCUUGUUGGACCAACUGUUCCUCUGCCCACUACUCCUCAUGCCACCCCUCGUCCUCGUGCCACCCCCCAGAACGAAGUUGACAUCGAGCACUUGGCACUGAACCAGGUCAAAGUGCCACGCCACGUUGUCGAAGCAAUGCCAACGUUCAUCUAUCGACAGGACCAGACCAUGGCACCAUCGAUCAGCCGAGUGACGGGCAUAACAAUGCCCAAAGCUGCUCUCAUCAAGCCUGGCCAUCAUGGCAAUGUUUCAUUGUCAAAUGCGGGUUCCAAAUGGUCACGUGAAGGUGGCCACAUCGAAGAUCAAGACCAGUGCAGCAUUUGUCUCGAGCACUUCGUCCCCGGAGAGACGACUGUCCGCCAGCUGCCAUGCAGACACAUCUUCAACCCGGGGUGCAUCGACCAAUACUUGAUGCACCGAAGCAGCCUGUGCCCGCUGUGCCGUCAGCGCGUGCACUGA